AUGUUCUUCAUUGACCUCAUCCGACGGGUGAUGUCUGAGCGCAAACAGUCGGACAAAAAACAUAAUGAUUUUAUGCAACUGCUUAUGGAUGUGGAGAGAGAGGACAACAACACUACGACGACUACGGGUGCGGACUCUGUGGCCACCGAUGCUAUGUUUGGACAUCACUUGAGUGAAGGCAUCGAUGAACUAAAAGUAGAGAAACAGGCGUUGAGUGGAGUCGUGGAGAAGAAGUUAACUUCGGCUGAAAUCGUCGCCCAAUGCGCCCUAUUUUUAAUCGCCGGUUACGAGACAUCCGCCCAAACGCUGUCGUAUUGUGUCUAUGAAUUGGCACUCAAUCCCGAUAUUCAGGACCUGUUAGUGAAGGAGACCAAAGAGGCGUUCAAUGAAAACACGGCAGACAUAGACUACGAAACCCUUUGCCGACUCCCACUCCUCGACGCCUUUGUAUCGGAAACUCUACGCCACUAUCCGGUAGGGCUCAGGACGAUAAGGGAGGCGGCGGAGGACGUGGUGCUGACCGGUGGUAGCGAUGGAUCAAAGGUUAAGAUCGAGAAGGGAGUGAUUGUUGAGAUACCGUUGUAUGCCAUACAUCACUCGCCGGACAACUUUCCCGACCCGUUUGCCUUCAAACCCGACCGGUUUUUGCCCCAAAAUCGCCAUAACAUCAAACCCUACACAUACCUACCGUUCGGCGCCGGACCCCGUAAUUGCAUUGGUAUGCGCUUUGCAUUACUUGAAAUCAAACUAGUUGUGGCCAAAAUGAUACAACAAUUCCGUUUCUAUGGUGUGCCCGACACCGAUGUGCCCGUGGUGUUCACCCCUGGUUACAAUCUCUUACAAGCCGAUAGGCUUAUAGUAGGAGUCGAGAAGCGUUGA